AUGGCCCCAAAAGCUGAAAAGAAACCUGCCUCUAAAGCUCCAGCUGAAAAGAAACCAGCUGCUAAGAAAACCGCCUCUACUGAUGCUAAGAAGAGAACCAAGACCAGAAAGGAAACCUACUCUUCUUAUAUUUACAAGGUUUUGAAACAAACUCACCCAGAUACUGGUAUUUCCCAAAAGGCCAUGUCAAUCAUGAACUCUUUUGUUAACGAUAUUUUCGAAAGAAUUGCUGGUGAAGCUUCUAAGUUGGCUGCUUACAACAAGAAGUCUACUAUUUCUGCUAGAGAAAUCCAAACUGCCGUUAGAUUGAUCUUACCAGGUGAAUUAGCUAAGCACGCUGUUUCCGAAGGUACCAGAGCGGUUACCAAGUACUCCUCUGCUGCUAACUAA